AUGAUGCGGAACCUCGUCCUCUGGACGGCCUGCUUCUCACGCCUGUGGACGGCGGCAUUCUGCGAGCCCCUCGCCAAGAACCUCAUCAUAGACACCGAUCUCUUCAGUGAUGUCGACGAUUCGGGCGCCCUCCUCCUAGCCGUAACCUCACCAGCGGUGAACCUGCUCGCAGUGAACAUCAACUACCCCUCGACGUAUUCCGCGCUCGCGGCAUCCGCGAUUCUGGCGCACUACGACCACGCGCACGUCCCCAUCGGCAUCAGGCGGCCUCUGACCAACGAGUCGUUCUUCGACUCGUGGGCCUUCGACCUGGGCGAGUAUGCGAGCAAGGUCGCGUAUCGCUACUCCGGCGGCAGUCUGCCGUGGGGCAGCGCCGGGGAGGCCUGGGAUCCCGUGACGCUGUAUCGGAAGGUGCUGGCCGAGGCUGAGGACGGGAGCGUGACGAUUGCUUCGAUCGGGUUCUUUGAGAAUCUGUCCGGCCUGUUAAAUUCGACGGCGGACUCUUACUCCGACUUGGAUGGACCGAGUCUGAUCGCAGAGAAGGUAACGGAGCUGGUCGUCAUGGGCGGCGGGUAUCCUUCAGGCUACGAGUUCAACUUCUGGGGAGACAACCCUCUCCUUACCGCGCACGUGGUCAAUAACUGGAAAGGGCCCAUGGUCUUCUCCGGGACCGAGUUAGGCGGCAAUGUUACGUCGGGUGGCCCCUUGAUGAGUCGUGGGCCCCCCGGCGACCCCGUGCGACAGGCUUACAUAUGGUAUACGUAUGGCACGCCACGCUUCUCGUGGGAUCCGUUGACCGUGCUCUACACCGUGAAUGGACUGGGGAGUCUUUUCGAGUAUGGAAACAAGUACGGUUAUAACUACGUACAUCCGAACGGCUCUAAUGAGUGGGUGUACGAUGAGGCGGUGACGGACCGGCACUGGCUGAAGAUGGCGGUCAGCAAUACGACUGUCGCUGGGGAGCUGGAUCGUCUCUACUUGGAGGGUGCAUGGUCGGUAGUCAACGGGACCAGCGUUUAG